AUGGCCAACCAGACGAGCACGGAGCGGUUAUUGUCCCCGGCGCGUGACUUCCAUAUAGCAGACGUUUUCGAUUCCGCCCGUCCGUCGAUAAAGAUUAGCCGGAGUGCGGCGCCAUUGGCGGCGCGGGCCGUGGGGUUGUGGUGGGCGGGGCCCGGGGGCGAAACCGCCCUCGCGGCGCCGCGACGCUGCGAGUAUGCGGCCGGCGCCAUGGGCACCGCACGUCUGAACAGUAUGCGAGCGCUCAAAGCC